AUGGCUGGCAAGAAGAAAGAAGUUCAGCUCCAGACCUUAAUAACCGAUGAAGAUCAGUGGGAUGAAAUGCUGCAGAUAAAGGGUAUAGUAGUGAUAGAAGUGUAUCAAGCUUGGUGUGGUCCUUGCAAAGCUGUGCAGAAUUUAUUGAGAAAACUAAGGAUCGACUUUAGUGAAGACAAUGUGCUACAUUUUGCCGCGGCAGAGGCUGACAGCCUUGAAAUUCUGAAACCAUUUAGGAGGAGCUGUGAACCUCUGUUUCUUUUUAGUGUUCAUGGUAAAAUUAUUGCAAUGGUGAAAGGUGUAAAUGCUCCUCUCAUAACUAAGGUAGUAACAGAUUUAGUGGAAGAAGAGAGGCAAAUUGCAGCUGGAGAGAAGGAACGUGCUGAGGUAGAAGAACUCGUUUUUCAUGAUGAAGGCUCAUCAGACGGGUCUGCUGAGGAGGUUGUGGAGGAAAUAUUCACUUAUUCUGUUGGAAUUAUAAAACCUGAUAAUGUCUUAGCAGGACGUGUAGAAGAAAUUAAAAGAAAGAUUAUAGAAGCAGGAUUUGGCAUUGAAGCAGAUGAGGAGAGAAUGCUUACUGAAGAGCAAAUCAAAGUAUUUUACUCCCGGAAAAAAGAUGAGCCUGACUUUAACGCAUUCGUUCAAUUCAUGACGAGUAGACCAUGCCAUGUUUUGAUAAUCACUAAAAAAGAAGCGACUGGUGCUAUUCCUCAUUGGAUAGAACUACGCAAAAAAAGUGAGGCUGUUGAGCUUGAGGAGCCAAUCAAGUUGACACCACUCAAGGAAACCGAAAGUCUGGUAAAUUUAUGUGAUGUGCAAGACAGUAUUGAAGAUGCCAGCAGACAGCUUGCCUUCUUUUUCCCAAAUUUUCAUAUUGAGGAGGGAGGACACGCUGAAAGGACUUUGGCCAUAAUUAGACCUAAGCUCUUGAAGGAAAGGCGAGAUUCCAUCAUUCAAAGGAUACAGGACGAUGGUUUCCAAAUAGCAAUGCAGAAAGAAGUAAUUCUAACUGAGGAGCAAGUACGUACAUUUUACCAAGAGCAUGUAGAUCAAGACUACUUCCCAGUCUUUCUAGAGCAUAUGACCAGUGGUCCAACUCUUAUAUUGGCUCUAACACGAGAAAAUGCUGUAGCACACUGGAGAAGUUUACUAGGCCCAAAGAUCCUUGAAGAGGCUAAGGAAAAUCCAGAGAGUCUGCGUGCAGAGUUUGCGUUUGAACAUCUACCUAUCAACCAGCUGCACGGCAGCUCUACACCCAGUGAUGCUCAGAAGGAGCUACAGUUCUUCUUCCCUGAGGAACACACCUUUGCAGUAAUCAAACCUGAUGCAGCUACUCCUAAAGAUGAAAUUCUGAAAAAAGUUAAAGAGGCUGGAUUUAACAUUGCGAAGAUAAAAGAACAAGCUUUAACUCGGGAAAUGGCUUUACACUUUUACAAGGACCACGAAGGAAAACCCUUUUUUGAUGACCUGGUGAAUUUUAUGACACAGGGUCCAUCAGUGAUAAUGGUCUUAACAAAGGAAAAUGCUGUGGAAGAAUGGAAGAAACUCAUGGGUCCAACUGAUCCAGAAGAGGCAAAGAAGACCUGUCCUGAAUCAAUUAGGGCUCAGUUUGCAAACGAAAUUUUGGCUAAUUCUGUUUACGGUUCAUCUGAUAUAGAACAGGCAGAAAGAAGCAUUCAGUUUGUAUUUGGAGAGCUGGAUGCAGACUAA